UAGAUAUAAAACUCCAACUCCCCCGCGCCAGUCUCUUUUCGCCUCCACCAUUCCAAAAAUGAAGCCCUACCUAUUGACAAAUCUUCCAUCAGAGAUCAUCGCCAUCAUCUUCUCAAAGCUCCCAAUUCCUACCCUUGCAAUCAGCAAAUGUGUCUGCAAACGGUUGCUGACUCUGCUGGAGGAUGAUUACUUUAUCAAUUCCUAUUCUUCUAAAUUAUCCUCCGCCCUAGCUGUGAUGCUGCCACUGAGCCCCAAAUACCGCUGCAAAAUUCUCGAAUUGGAAGACGAUCUCGAUCUCGACAGCCACAAUCCACUCACCUACUUCGAUUUCCGCAGAGGAUCGCGAAUUCAGGUUUCCGCUAACGGGUUGCUCAUUCUCGAAAAAUACGAGAAACAUCGCCAAGCCUUCUACGUGUGUAAUCCGAUCACUCGCGAAUCAAUUCGCCUGUAUCCGGCUCCAGAAGGAUGUUCUCACGGAUUCGGGAAGAGCAGAAUCAGCGGGCAAUUCAAGUUUGUGAUUCUCGAUGGCUAUUCUGGAUAUCAUGUAUACACUCUCGGAACAGGUGGUUCGUGGAGGCACGUUGCUGAACCUGUCCCGACUUGGCACGGUCAUAAGUCAUUUGCUGAAUCGGUAAAUGGCAUUCUCCAUUGGGAUUAUGAGGCUGAUAAAACUUGGACCAAGGAGUUUGUGAUCCCCUUGAAUUCUCUUCUUUUUGGUGGAGUUAAAUUCACAUAUAUUCACCCUCUGAAAGCUUUUGGAAAUGGUGAUAUCUUGAUGGCGUGUGAUCACAGCAAGAUUUUCUACUACUCCAACACCACUAAGGAUUAUCACCAAAUUUCUUUCUUUGGUGAACCGGAUGAGUGCUACUAUAUGACCUUUGUGCCUCUCACUCCAACCAUUCUUUCACUCAAAAGUUUCAGUAUGGAGAAAGUCACCUCUUUUUGAUUACAUGUAUGGUUUACUGUAUGAUUACAUGGGUUCAAGCAGAGCAUGAUGGAGGAUUUGGUAUGGCUGUGUGUUUGUCUCCCAAAUUAAGGCUGCUGAGUCUCUUCUACAACAAUUCAACCUGACCACUACUCCCAUGAGUGUUGAUGGAAAUUCUGCAGGCUGAAGAAGUGCUGAUGCAAGUAGCUUCACUACGCGUACUAGACCCGGCAUUGCUUAUGCUCUUGGCGCGGUUGCUAGAUUCAGGAAUGAGCAUUGCUUAUGCUCUUGGCGCGGUUGCUAGAUUCAGGAAUGAUCCAACGAAACAACAUUCUCUGCCACAUUUUGUGUGAUUACAGGGAGAUUUUCUACUACUGCAACAGCUCUAAGGAUUAUCACCUCUCCAAUGAAACGGAGGAGUGUUGCUACAAGACAUCUAUGCAUUUCACUCCAAUCUUUCUUUCACUCUAAAGAUUCCGUAUGGAGAAAGUCCAAUCAUUAUGAUUAACAUGACUGGUUUUUGUUACAUAAUCUCAUAUUGCAUUUAUAAAUUAAUUUCCAUGUUUCAAACAAAUACAAAUGCUUAAUCUGCUUAUUGGUUGUCAUGUUUACGGACUAAAUAUCAUGUCUAAUUUAAUUUCUUGUUUGAUUGUCUUUUAGCUUUAUAAUGUCAAGAUUAUAUUGUAUCCUAUGAUUAUUCAUUUCAAUUAUCACCUUCUUCAGGAUAACUAAUUUAAUCUGUUUUGACUUAUUUCAUUUGUAUUCUACUAUG